AUGGCCAACAUGGCCAACAUGGCGAACAUGGCCAAUGCCGCCAAUGAAGCCCAGAUGGCCGAACCCCAGCGCGAGAUCCCCAAACACUUCCAAUGCCUCUAUCCGAUCUACUUUGACAAGACCCGCUCGCGCGCCGAGGGCCGCAAGGUGGGCGCCGAGCUGGCGGUGGAAAAUCCGCUGGCUCGCGAAAUCGCCGAUGCGGUGCAGACGCUUGGAUUGCAGGUCGGUCUGGAGCCGGAGAAGUUGCAUCCGAAGGACUGGGCGAAUCCGGGGCGCGUGCGUGUGCUGCUGAAGAAUGAGGAUGGGAAGUCAAUGAAUCCCAAGAUUAAGAAUAGUGCGAGCGGACUGACAACUUGCUAUUCUUCAGAGCAUCAUCUCUACAUCCUUGUCGCACAGUAUUUGAAAGCCCACCCGACCAACGAGCAGUCCCCGUACCGAUUACGGAUCCGCGGCCUGCCAGUGCCCGACAGACUCCCCGAUGCUCCCUCUGCGCCGCGCGGCUGGAAGAUCGGAAAGAUCCUGCCGAUUCACUCGCCCGCCUACAGUGGUGGCGGGGUCAGUGACAACCCGUUGCAGGACGCCAUGGCCGAGAUGCAGAGCAUGGGGGGAAUGCCGGGAAUGCCUGCGAUUCCAGGCAUGCCGGGGAUGGACAUGGGCGGGCCAUCCGGGGCUGGUGGUGGUGCGGAAAAGAAAAAGAAGGAGAAGAAAAAGGGCAAGGCGUGA